GAGGAGGAGGAGGAGGAGAGAAGAGAGGAGGAAGAGGAGGAGGAGGGCAGGCGGCGAUGGCGUUCAUGGAGAAGCCGCCUGCCGGCAAGGUGCUGCUGGACGACACGGCACCUCUGAGCGCGGGGAUCGAAGCGAGCCAGAGCCUGCACUCGCACACGGAGUACAUCAUCCGUGUGCAGAGGGGGAUUUCCAUAGAAAACAGCUGGCAGAUCGUGAGAAGAUACAGCGACUUCGACUUACUCAACAGCAGUUUGCAGAUUUCAGGUCUAAGCCUACCUCUUCCUCCCAAAAAACUGAUUGGCAACAUGGAUCGGGAGUUCAUAGCUGAAAGACAGAAGGGCCUCCAGAACUAUCUCAAUGUCAUCACCACAAAUCACAUCCUGUCCAAUUGUGAGCUGGUUAAGAAGUUCUUAGACCCCAACAACUACUCUGCAAAUUAUACCGAAAUUGCCUUGCAGCAGGUUUCGAUGUUCUUUCGAUCCGAGCCAAAGUGGGAGGUGGUGGAGCCACUGAAAGACAUAGGUUGGAGGAUCCGGAAGAGGUAUUUCCUAAUGAAGGUCAAGAGCCAGCCCAAGGAGCGCCUGGUGCUGAGCUGGGCUGACCUUGGCCCUGACAAGUACCUCUCAGAUAAGGACUUUCAGUGGAUAGUCAAACUCCUUCCCUCCUGCUCGCACCCGUACAUCUACCGGGUCUCCUUUGCCACGGCCAGCGAGUCCUCCGCCUUGGUCAUCCGGGCCUUUAACGAGAAGGGAACGCUGAAGGACCUCAUCUACAAGGCAAAGCCAAAAGACCCGUUCCUCAAGAAAUACUGCAAUCCCAAGAAGACUCAGGGCCUUGAGCUCCAGCAGAUAAAGGCCUUUGGGCGGCAGAUCCUGGAGGCAUUGAAGUUCCUCCACGAAAAGGGAUUUCCUUAUGGACAUCUUCACUCCUCCAAUGUGAUGCUGGAGGGAGACACGUGCCAGCUGCUGGACCUCGAGAACUCCUUGCUGGGGCUCCCUUCCUUCUACCGAUCCUAUUUCUCGCAGUUUAGGAAAAUUAAUACGUUAGAGAGCGUGGACGUCCACUGCUUCGGACAUUUACUUUAUGAAAUGACCUACGGCCGGCCCCCGGACUCCGUGCCAGUGGACACGUUCCCGCCUGCCCCGUCCGAGGCUGUGGUGGCCGUGCUGGAAGUCCUGCUGUCUCAGGAAGCCUGUAAGAACGGCAUGCCCACCGUCUCCCGCCUCUUACAGAUGCCAUUGUUCAGUGAUGUUUUAUUAAUCAGUUUAGAGAAGCCGCAGUUUAAGAUCCCCACUAAGUUAAAAGAGGCACUGAAGGUUGCCAAAGAGUGCAUAGAGAAGCGGCUCACCGAAGAGCAAAAACUGCUUCACCAGCAUCGGAGAUUGACAAGAGCCAAGUCCCACCACGGCUCCGAGGAAGAGAGGAGGAAACGGAAGAUUUUAGCCCGGAAGAAAUCCAAACGCUCGGCCUUCGAGAGCAGCGAGGAGCAGUCGGUCAAGUACAGCAACUCCAAUAAUUCAGCAGGAUCUGGGGCAAGUUCCCCGCUGACGUCCCCAUCGUCUCCAACCCCGCCCUCGACAGCAGGCGCGUCCACGAUCCCGCCGCCACCUGCACCUCCCCCUCCCCCGGGGGCGCCGCCGCCCCCCCCCAUGGAUGCACCCACACCACCGCUCUUCCCGCCUCCGGCCGCGAACGGGUCCGGUCGAGGAGCCUUACUCAGCUCCAUUCAGAAUUUCCACAAAGGUACUUUGAAGAAAGUGAAGACGUGUGACCACAGCGUGCCCAGGACCUGCUGAAGCCGGGCACCGGCCGCCCCGCCCCGCCCCUCCCCGCCCCUCCCCGCCCCCCCCCGCGGCCGCCACGGCGACGCCCCUCGGCGCACUCCCACGCUUCGGCGUCGAGUGGCCGAGGAGCCGGGAGGGCGGCACCGAGCAGCUCCCCGCCCGGGUGACCAACGGCGCCUCGGCGGCCGCCCACCAACUGAAUCAGAAAGCAGGGCAGCAGUGACUCCUCCCCCCAUGGCAGCAAGUGCACUUUGUGUCGCGGCCUUCCCUUCCAGGGCCCCCGGAACUCCCCAAGCUCGGCUCCUUCAGCUUCCUCCCUACCAGAGUCUGCCUAAGAGCACGGCCCGAGAAUGGCCGGGAAAAUGGCGGCCGUGUGCCGAGUUCUCGGAGGGACUCGCCCUGGAGGCCCCAAAUGGCCACUUUCUAAGGAAUCAGAACCUUUUGGAAAGGGACGGGAGCGUUAAUGGGAUUCAUCGGACAGCCAGGGAACGCGUCUACCAUUUUACAUAGAAUCAGCUGAAGGCCAGGGAAGGUUUCUUACGACACAUUUAACAUCGUUAAGAAAUGACCAUCUUGGGAAAACUGAACAUAGAUACACCUUACAUAUUCUUAAUAUCGAUUUGAAAAGAUCCUUUAUUUUAUAAUUUGCUUAAACCUUUAAACAAAUUGCACUUUAAAGGAUUAUAGAUAAUCCAUUUUUGAAUUCAAGUAUACAUACAUCAGUGUUUGUUUCUAUGCAGAGAGAAUGUCAUUGUGUAUAGUUUCAUGUAACCUGUGAUGAUAUAUAUUCAGUUGUAUUUUUUAUUAAAAGAAUAAACCAUGCCAAGAGAA